AGAAGUAGCAAUGAUUUUGAUUCUUGGACACGUUUUCGUAAAGCUUAACGAAUAUUGAUACAUAUUGAAAACGAGGCUCCUUAAUUAAAAUCAACGACGAAACAUCCGCCCUCUCAGUACGACACAGUCAAGGACGAGGAAAAAUGUCUAAACUAACAGAAAUUGUCCAGUUUGGAAUGAUUUUACUUUUGGAAUGUUGGUUUUCUUCCAGCUGCAGCGACGGAGGAACUACCGCGGCAAUUACUCUCAACAUAACUUGUGACAAUAACCUAUAUUUGUACGUGGAUGGCAAAUAUUUGGGUGGUGGUGCUACAAAUGCUAGUCAGAAAGAUUUCCGCACCUACAAGAUAAUGUCGCGUAGUCACGUGGUCGCUCUACAUUGCACAGCUUCCACACCACCCUGGAAAGGAGGUAUAUUGGGUUCAUUUGAGAACGGACUGGUGACUGACACAUCUUGGAAAUGCACCACAACAGCUGAAUAUGGAUGGAAUAUGAUAAGUUAUCGUGAUGAUGAUUGGCCAAUGGCAAUUCAUCACGGAGCUAACAGUGAUUCCACUUUACCUUGGGGAAGUAUAAGCAGCAUUGACAAAAACGCUGUUUGGAUUUGGUCAAAUGAUAACGAAAAUGAUUCUGAAGUUUUUUGUCGUCAUAAGCUUGUUGAGGAAUGUACAGAAGAAAAACAAAGUUACUUCCAGACACCAGAGUCGAUCCAAGACAUUGCUAUUCAAGGUUUUCUGCUUCAUCAAGUAAAAGUGGCCAGCGUGACAGAGUGCGGGCUCAAGUGUGGUCAAAAUAGCGCUUGUGUCUCUUUCACAGUACAAAGCUCGGAUAUUCGAGGAUCAAGAUUGUGUGAACUUCAUAAUGUCACGAUUGAGAGUCAUCCGCAAAAUGUUAUCAGAAAGGAGGGUUAUCAGUAUCACGAGGUGGUGCAAAUAUUUCAUUAAAGAAUCAGUGGACCACUAUUAGCAGUAAAGAAGGGUAACCAGAGGAAAAGUAAGACGCCGCCUCACACAUCUUUUCAAAAGCAUUUCUUGCGGAUGAAUGAACUUUUUGUCUGGAUGGACAAGACGAUCACGCUUUUGUCAACUACGGCGUUCAGUAUGUCCUCUCAAGAAGUACUAUUAAGCUUAUCAGGGUAACACUUCACUGUAUUCAAGCGAUACUUGUGCUCAAUUGAGACUUCAGGCACGGCCUCUAGCUUGGGACGGUUUGAAAGACAAGUUAAUAUCUGAAUACCGUAAAUGUUUAGAAGAUAGAUUUAAGUGGCUGUGGGCACCCCCAUUCUUUUCUACUUUGUUUUACUUAUUUGUUUUAACCUUGAACUUAACCGUUCCCCAAGUGUUGUGAAGUGAACCCUUAGAUUUCAAUGAGCAAAACCAAUUUUUCGCCCUCCACUCCUUGUUUUCUCAUUUUCUUGUUAAGAAUUUUGAUGAAGUUCCGAUCAGUGUAAAAACUGAGGCUUCGGUCGCUGGACUUCAAAGGUUGUCGAUCAGAAAUCACACACUGAGUUGUCAAAAAGGAAAGUUACGCAAACGCAUCGCGACUUUGAUCCAGUAGAAUUUCUUUUUAUUUUCUUAUCACAUUGGAGCCACGGGAGAAUGCUGGUGUUUAAUAACAACGAGAGAGUUGAUCUGGUACUCAGUUGAAAUAAAGAAAUAAAGUUUAUGAUGA